GACGGCUCCGACCCUUUGCAACCACCGUGCAGGCCGCUCUUGUUCGUCGCCGUUCGCGCCGACGGAACGCGUCUCGCAGGGUCCAUCGUCCAGUGGGUCGACGAUGGCGAAUACAAUUUCAAGUUUACGUUGAAGAAGCAUUACAGAAGUGAUGGUUCUGUCGACGGCAUCGCAAAGGGAUGCAAGGUUGUCGGGAGGAUGUUCGACGGGUACGGCCGUCGUGCGAUGUCUUUGCCUCACUUUGUCCCGCUAGCGCCGGGGCACGACGAGGCCGUUCACGUCACAGACUUCCUCGAGGUCUGGGCGAAAUCUGGUACCUCUGUCAGUACCAUGGACGUCGGACCUGGAACAUCGAUCAGUGGUCCUGUUGGGUUUGCGGGAGGAGAGUGCUCUGAAGGGGGGAUGGGAGGUCAGGGUGGCCUGCCAGCUACGCCUCCUGAUCAAGAGGUGGGCAUGUCAGACGACUCGGAGGACGACCAUCCUCGUGCUCCUUUGAAACCAGGCUUGCAUGUAUCUCGCCGCCACGGUUUUCUUGGAGGCGGCGAUGGCGAACGGUUGCGACAGGGCUCAGAAUCGACGGCUCCUCGUGGUCUGGUCGAAAGGAUCGGUUCGUUCGUUCGUGGCAUGCAGGUGGCCGAGGUUUUGCCUGGUGAUCGAGCGGGUGGUCCGCAGGUUCGAGAGACAGGGGUGCAGAAGGACGUCGUGUUGCACAUCCAUCCCGAAAGAAUAUUAGCUAUUCCAGACUGGGAAGACGCGUACAACCACCGAUACUUGGACGAGUUCCUCGUUGAUACCAUCGCGUCGGCUAUGAUCGACUGCUACGAACGCAAAGACAUCAGAUACACGAAGCCCAUUUUCGUUCUCGCUCCGAUCGUCGCGCCUCCAGAGAGCGGCGAGCCUGCUGUGCGCGUGCUGCCUGCUGACUUCGACAACUCACACCCGGAGAAAUAUUGGUGUUAUCUUGUGUGUGGACAGCAUAACGCGGGGGCGGCGAUGAUGGUGAAAGACCAUCCCGUCUUUGAUUACUACGACUUCUGUAAAUGGUCGUUCAGACCGAUCUACUUCCCUGACGACGAGUUCGACGGCUACGCCUAUGUCAGCUGCGAAGACAACAUGAAAGACAAGAAGAAUCCACCGCGCUUGCAGGUCUUGUCUAUGCGGGACAUUCGCAAUAUCUGGAAAAUUAAGGGCAAACCGCGUGUGGUGCUCGACAAUGCCUCGAAGAAACAGGACGAGGUGCGAAAGUGGGUGCGGUUCAUGGCGUUAGCAAUGAAGAAGACGCCGUACACGCCUAUCUGGAACCUGUCAACGGAAGUAAAGAAAAGAAAGGAAUGGGCAGAGAAACUUCGAUACUACCUCUCGCUGGCCAUGGAAGAUGACUCCGUCUUCGCUUUGGGGUUGAAGUUCUAUAAGGAGUGGUCGAAAGAGAAACACCUUGCUUCCGACGGCCGGCGUUGGACUGAAAAGCCGCCCACCCAUGAGGAGGUGGCCAAGCCCGGACUCUCCACUGUGACUGACAGCCAGGGUCUGAAAAAACACGUCUGGUACGUGAAGGUGGACGACCUGUCGUUGAAAAAGGACAGGGGGAAGCCAAAGAAAGUCGGGGAGGAGAAAACUUUCUACGUCCAAGUUCCGGAGCCGGAUGUCCACUGCUAGAAGGAAUUGGUGGACUUGACGGACCGCGAGAAGAAAAGGUUGUUGAACGGCGUCUUGAACCUU